AUGAACAAGUUCACCGCUCUUUCUCUUCUUUCAGUCGCCUCAUCUGCUGUGGCAGUCCCAAUGGCGGGCGCCCGGAUGGAGUUCAACGGCGCAUAUCCCACUAAAGCGGUCGUUGGCCAUGACAUCGACACCGUCAAAGGAACAGCUAUCGGCGGGGCUAUGAGCAUACCUACAGCAGUUCCAAAGGCUUUGUUUGCUGCCAGCGACAAUACUACCACCACCACGACGGGCGCCUAUCCGCCAGAUAUUGUGACCAUCACUGUCAUCAACUCUUACGGCAGCCCUAUCACCACAUCUCACUCGAUUGCCAGCAGUGUACCUACACCUGUUAGCGGUGAUGUUGGUACGGGAACAAUGUCAGAUGGCGAGACUGCCUCUUUUGCGGUACCUACUGGAUGGAUCGGCAACAUUGCUGUUAACGAUGCUCAGUACCAGACUACCGGAGAUGUUAGUUUGAUUGAGGCAAACUUUGUCGUUCCUUGGGGAGGAACAGUGGCCGUUGUGGAUGUCGAUAUCAGUUAUGUGGACGGCUACUCGGUGCCAAUUGUCUGCUCAUGCAACGAUGCCGUGGUCACUGGAUGCAACCUCGAUCUUUUCUCCCUAAAUACUUGCCCUGAUAACGACGGCCAGAAUGCCUGCGUGAACCCACUCCGCCCAGAUACCAGCGCUACCGCGGCUACACCAUUUUUCGCGCCUUGCCAGGGCAUGGCCUAUACAUUCCCCUUUGACUCUCUUGCUAACAGCGAUGGUUACUGCCAGGACGGACAUGUUACCUGUUGUGUGGGAACUGCCUGUCCUCCCAAUCCUAAGCAGACGUAA